UCUACUGAGCAUGCUCAAUCUACACUUCGACCUCAAUACAAGGCCUGACGCAUAUUGAAAAGCCACAGUGCUCUCUUCUGGAACGUUACGCUCCCUCACUAGCUCCUCUUGCGAGGCACAAGGCGCCUGGGGCGAGAAGCUCCGUUGCUCCCAACAACGAUCAGAGGCAGAAACCAGACGAAUUCAUCUGUACUAGACAACCUCCAGGCAAUGUCUGAACGGUCUGUCUAACUGCAAUAUGUCUGGUGCAACAAUACAGGGAGGUCCCGAUCACAUUCAGUCAAGCAGCGCCUCUGAGGCCGUGGCGGCCGCCGCCGAGCACUCACGUUGUCACAGCGACGACCUGUCGACGUCCAAUCACAACUCUCCGCCGCUCGGCAUACCGCACGGCUACGAAUUCAAGGAUCCGGCAUGCUGUGAGCGCGCCUUCGAGGUCCUCAGUGAAUUGCGAAAUGACAAUCAGCUGUGCGACGUCGUGCUUUCGGCCGGAAAUCACAGCAUCUCCGCGCACAGAGUCGUUCUGGCCGCCUGUUCGCCUUAUUUUCGUGCCAUGUUUACCGGAGAGUUGGCGGAGAGCAGGCAGAGUCACGUGACCCUCCACGGGCUCAACCCAUUGGCUCUCGAUCUUCUUGUCAAUUUCGCUUAUACGUCACGAAUUGACGUGACGGAAAGCAACGUGCAAGUUUUACUUCCCGCUGCUAAUCUACUUCAACUGGUUGCCGUUCGAGAUGCGUGUAGUAGUUUUCUGCAGUCUCAACUUGAUGCUACGAACUGCUUGGGUAUCAAGGCGUUUGGAGAUCUGCACGCUUGUUCUGAUCUCAAAAUGGCGGCGCACAUUUUUGCUCUGAGAAACUUUAUCGAGGUCAUCAAAAGUGAAGAGUUUCUCUGCCUCAGUGCACGAGAAGUUGUCGAGUUGAUAUCGAGUGACGACUUGUUUGUACGAACAGAGGAGCAUGUUUAUGAAGCCGUGUUGUGUUGGGUGAAGCACGACGAACAGAUGAGACAGAAAGAUCUACCCAUAUUAUUGGAGUGUGUUCGUUUGCCGCUCUUGAGUAAGGAAUAUCUCGUCAGCAAUGUUGAAGCCGAACCGAUUAUGCGAAGUCACACUUCUUGUAAGGAUUAUAUUAUUGAGGCCAUGAAAUAUCAUCUUACCAGUUCUGAACAGCGAACACACAUUCAGACGCCGAGAACUCGUUUGAGAAAGUCGAUUGGUUUACCGAAGAACAUUUUGGUUAUUGGAGGUCAGUCUCCGAAAGCGAUUCGGAGUGUUGAAAUAUUUGACUUUGCUACUCAAAAGUGGACAGCAGUGGCCGAUCUGAAUGCACGUCGAUGCAGAUGUGGCGUGGCUGUACAUAAUGGAUUGGUGUAUGCUGUUGGAGGCUUUGACGGAUCAUCAAGAGUCAGGUCUGUUGAGUGUUACGAGGUGUCGCACGAUCGAUGGUAUCUUGUUGAAUCGAUGAAUAUGCGACGUAGCACGCUGGGUGCGGGUGUUUUAAAUGGGUGUGUUUAUGCUGUGGGCGGGUUUGAUGGUUCCAGUGGUUUGGACAGUGUUGAAAAGUAUGAUCCUGAUCUCAAUGUAUGGACAACGGUAGCUCCCAUGAGUAUUCGACGCUCAAGUGUUGGCGUGGCCGUUUUGAAUAAUUUCAUGUAUGCUCUCGGCGGAUACGACGGCAUUGCACGUCAGUGCUUGAACACCGUUGAAUGCUACAAUCCAGACACAAACACGUGGCGUUUAUCAGUUCCGAUGAAUCAAUGCAGAAGUGGCUCUGCUGUGGCUGUACUCGACAACUGCAUUUUUGCACUGGGCGGUCACGACGGUCCCGAUAUCCGACGCUCGGCUGAAUUCUACGAUGCCGAGAAAGACCAGUGGACGUUGAUUGCUAACAUGAAGAUGUGCCGACGUAAUGCAGGUGCCGUGGCUGUCAACGGGAUGAUAUACGUCGUCGGUGGCGAUGACGGCACGUCAAACUUGAACAGCAUGGAAAUGUAUGAUCCCAGGUUGGACAUGUGGACGGUAGUAACGCCUUGUCUUAGCACGGGACGAAGCUACGCGGGUAUAGCAGUCAUAGACAAACCAAACCGCGUGCAAUGAUAUCUCACCCUAGUGCAGUGUUGCAGUACACAGAUACCGAUGACUUGAGGUAAUGCCUUUGUAUAGAGAGAAAAACUGAGUUCUAGAAAUCAUUUUGUGUUAUACGUUGUUGACAUUGAAACUUUGGAUGACCGAUCUGGUUGUUGUAUGA